AUGGGGCACGACGCCGGCGCCGCCCCGGACGCGCCGCUGCGCCGAUCGCUGCGCGGCGGCGCCGGCGCGGCCCCGCCGCCGAUCGCAGCGGCGCCAGUCGCAGCGGCGCCGAUCGCGGCGGCGCCGAACGCGGCGGCGCCGAAAGCCGCGGCGCCGAUCGCGGCGGCGCCCGCUCCGCCGGCGGCGGCGCCGCUCGAAGCCCCGCGGGCCGCCCCGCCGCCGCCCGCGGCGUCUACGGACCGGUCGCGGCGCGUGAAGUCCCUGCGAUCGCUCCGCGACGGCACGGCCUACGCGAGGGCGUCGGCGCCGCUCGACCGCGACAGCGUGUCCGGCGCCGCGUUCGUGUACGUCGACGGCGCCGACAAAUCGGCGGACAUCAAGACCGUCGUCAGCAACAAGGAGACGGGCUGCGACGUCGGCGACGCGCGCGACGGCUACGCGCUCGCCGUGAACAACUGGGAGACGCGCGACGGCCAGCUCACGCUCGAGUGGGGCGACGCCGCGACUGGCUGCCGCAAGCUCGCGUCGGGCCCGCGCGCCGUCGUCGCGCCGGACCGCUGGACCCACGUGGCCUUCGUGCUGUCGCCGACGACGGCGGCGCUCUUCGUCGACGGCGCCGAGGUCGCGCGGGAGCGCGUCGGCGACCGCCGGUCGCCGCAGCGGACGCAGCCGCUCCGCGUCGCGCAGUACGCGGACGCGUUCUACCCCUUCGUCGGCAACAUCUCCGGGCUCGUCAUCUUCGACGGCGCGCUGACGGCGUCGGACGUCCGGGCGCUCGCGGCCGCGUCGGCGCCCGGCGCCGCCGCGGCGCCGCCGCGGACCGGCCCGGCGGUCGCCGCGUCCUUCCCCCUCGCGGACUGGCCCGGCGCCAAGGGCGCGAACGUCGCCGGCGACGGGCGGGGCCUCGCCUACGCGCGGGCGUCGCCGGCGGCGCGCGCGGGCGCCGCGCGCGCGUCGCCCGGCGGGUCGUUCGCCGUCGGCUACGACGCCUGGGAGCCGACGCCCGAGAAGCUCGCCGCGAGCGACGCGACGGCGGCGGGGCGCGCGGCCAAGGUCCGCGACGCCAUGCGCCACGCGUGGAAGGGCUACAAGGACCGGGCCUGGGGCCGCGACGAGCUCAAGCCCGUCUCGGGCCGGGGCCACGACAACUGGGGCGGCAUGGGCGUCACGCUCGUCGACUCGCUGGACACGCUCUGGCUCAUGGGCCUGCGCCAGGAGUUCGACGAGGCCAAGAAAUGGGUCCGCGACUCGCUCCGCUUCGACCGCACGGGCGACGUCUCCGUCUUCGAGACGACGAUCCGCGAGCUCGGGGGCCUGCUCGCGGCCUUCGACCUCAGCGGCGACAAGGUCUUCCUCGACAAGGCCCGCGACCUGGGCCAGCGCCUCGCGCACGCCUUCGACACGCCGACGGGCAUCCCCAAGGGCUCGACGAGCCUCCGCGAGGGCCGCGCGAAGGACGUCGGCUGGACCGGCGGCAACGCGGUGCUCGCGGAGCUCGGGUCCGUCGAGCUCGAGUUCCGCUACCUCGGCUACAAGCUCGGCGACGCGUCCUUCUCCGACAAGGCCAACAGGGUCUUCGAGCAGUUCUCGACGAUGAAGGGCACGCAGGGCCUCUUCCCCAUCUACGUCGACCCGCGCAACGGCGGCCUCAAGUCGCGGAAGAUCACCUUCGGCGCCCUCGGCGACUCCUACUACGAGUACCUGCUGAAGACCUGGCUCCAGGGCGGCCGCACGGAGACGAGGCUCCGGGAGAUGUACGACGAGGCCAUGGACGGCAUGGUCGACCUGCUGCUGCAGCACUCCUCUCCCUCCAACCUCGCCUACGUCGCGGACAUCGACGGGGGCACGGUGCACAAGAUGGACCACCUCGUGUGCUUCCUGGGCGGCGUGCUGGCGCUGGGCGCGAAGACGGACCCGCGGGGCUUCGACUCGCCGCGCGCGCGGCGCGACCUGCACGUCGCCGAGGCGCUGACGCACACCUGCGUCCAAAUGUACCUGCGCCAGCCGACGAAGCUCGCGCCGGAGUUCGUCACGUUCCGCCGGGGCGCCGACAUGGUCGUCGCGCCGUCGGCGCCGUUCUACAUCCUGCGGCCCGAGACCGCGGAGUCGCUCUUCGUGCUGCACGAGGUCACGAAGAAUCCAGUGUAUCGCGACUGGGGCUGGGAGAUCUUCUCCGCCAUCGAGGCGCGGUGCAGGACGGCCCACGGCUACGGCUCCGUCCCGGACGUCCGCAAGGUCACGAAGCCCGACGACCGCAUGGAGUCCUUCUUCCUCGCGGAGACGCUCAAGUACCUCUACCUCCUCCAGGACCCGAACCACGCCGUCGACCUCGAAACGGCCGUCUUCAACACGGAGGCCCACCCCCUGCGCAACAUCGGCCCGGGCAAGUUCACCGACAACAUGGUGCCCAAGUUCCUCCUCUUCUUCUGCGGCGCCGCCGCGGCCCUCGUCGCGCCGCAUCCGAAGCGCGCGUGCGUCGCGGCGCGGCCGUCGGUCGCACUCCCCGACGCGGACGUCGCCGCCGUCCCCGGCGACGGCGAGGCCGACCGGCCGCCGGAGCUCGAGGCGUCGGGCCCGGCGCCGGCGACGCUCGCGACGCCGUUCCGCGCGGGCUUCGUCGGCGUCGUCGGGUCGCCGAACGUGGGCAAGUCGACGCUGACGAACGCGCUCCUCGGCCAGGACCUCUGCAUCACCAACUCGAAGGCGCAGACGACGCGGCACCGGAUUUUGGGAGUAGCGAACGGCGACGGCUACCAGCUCGUGCUCAGCGACACGCCGGGCAUCCUCUGCGACCCGGCCUACGCGCUCCAGAGCACGAUGAUGACCGCGGCCAAGGCCGCGGCGCGCGACGCGGAGUGCGUCUUGUUCGUGACGGACGUCUUCGAGGACCCGGAGGUCGUUGCCGAGUCCGCGGCGUGGCUCGACGCGCAGCUGGCGAGCCGCGCCGGCGACGAGCCGAAGCCGCCCGUGGUCGUGGCGCUGAACAAGGUCGACCUGCUCGGCGUCGACGACGACGGCUACCCGCUGCUCGGCGAGGCCGCGAGCCGGCGCGUCGGCUCGCUCGACGACGCGGUCGCGCGCGCGCGCGCGGCCGUGCCGGGGGCGGCGGCGGUGGUGCCGCUGAGCGCCGCCACGGGCGCCGGGGUCGACGAGCUGGCGCGCGCGCUGGCGUCGGAGCUCCCCGAGAGCGCCGCGCUCUUCGACGACGAAUACUUCACGGACCGGCCCUCCCGGUUCUUCGCGGCGGAGAUCAUCCGGGAGAAGAUCCUCGCCCAGUUCGCCAAGGAGAUUCCGUAUUCGUGCGAGGUGCGCAUCGACCGCUUCAAGGAGGACCUGGAGCUCAAGGGCAGGCCGUUCGUGAACAUCGACGCGGCGGUCCUCGUCGCGCGCGACUCGCAGAAGGGCAUCCUCGUGGGCAAGCGCGGCGCGGCCAUCAAGGCCAUCGGCGUGGCCGCCCGGGAGCACCUCGAGACGUUCUUCGACGCCAAGGUCCACCUCGCGCUGCGCGUCAAGGUCUCGAAGGACUGGCGCGCGGACGAGGGGAAGCUCAAGGCCAUGGGGUACCCCGUGGCGGGGCGGUAGUAUAAGUGCGUCGCUGCGCCCGG